CGGUUGAAGAACAUUUAAAGUUGUGUUUGAAAAAUUCCCCACGAUAGCGCGCCAGCGGUGACGGAAGUCAUAUUUGUUCAAAAGUACUUAGCUACAAGAGAAUCGUUCAAAAGAAACAAUAGAGUUGGCGUUUGCAGUAUUGAGUGUUCUGCAAACAUGUCUACGCACAACUCGUUCAGUGUCGCAAAGAAGGAUGAGAAGGGGAGAAAUAUUCAAGUCGUUGUGAGAUGCAGACCCUUCAACAACGCGGAACGCAAGUCUGCCGCCCAUGGAGUCAUUGACACAGUAGAAAAUCGAAAAGAGAUCAAUGUGCGAACGGGAGGGAUUGGCGAUAAGGCAGCUAGGAAGACGUACACCUUUGAUAUGGUGUUUGGUCCAUCUGCCAAGCAAAUUGAUGUCUACAAGAGUGUUGUCUGCCCUAUUUUGGAUGAAGUGAUUGGUGGAUACAAUUGUACAGUUUUUGCCUAUGGCCAAACGGGAACAGGAAAGACUUUUACAAUGGAAGGAGAAAGAUCUCCAAAUGAAGAAUUUACAUGGGAAGAGGAUCCUCUUGCGGGUAUCAUUCCCCGGACACUUCAUCAGAUAUUUGAGAAGCUGUCCGAAAGUGGGACAGAGUUUUCUGUCAAGGUUUCCUUGCUGGAGAUCUACAAUGAAGAGUUGUUUGACCUGCUGAGCCCUUUUCCUGAUGUCACUGAACGUCUUCAGUUGUUUGAUGAUCCACGUAACAAGAGGGGUGUUAUCAUCAAAGGCCUGGAAGAAAUCACAGUACACAACAAAAAUGAGGUUUACCAGAUUUUGGAGCGUGGAUCUGCCAAGAGGAAAACUGCCUCCACUCUCAUGAAUGCGUACUCCAGUCGCUCUCACUCCGUGUUCUCCGUCACGAUUCAUAUGAAGGAGAUAACUGUUGAUGGAGAGGAACUGGUCAAGAUUGGAAAACUGAACUUGGUUGACCUUGCUGGCAGUGAGAACAUCGGCCGGUCCGGUGCUGUGGACAAGCGGGCUCGUGAGGCUGGCAACAUCAACCAGUCUUUGCUGACACUGGGCAGGGUGAUCACUGCACUGGUGGAGAAGAGGCCCCAUGUGCCCUACAGGGAGUCCAAACUCACCCGUAUCCUCCAGGACUCACUGGGAGGCCGCACUAAGACUUCCAUCAUUGCCACAGUUUCACCAGCCUCCAUCAACUUGGAGGAAACUCUGAGCACACUGGAUUAUGCCAACAGGGCCAAGAACAUCAUGAAUAAGCCUGAGGUGAACCAGAAGUUGACAAAGAGAACUCUUAUCAAGGAAUACACAGAGGAAAUUGAGCGUCUAAAACGGGAUUUGGCUGCCACUCGUGACAAGAAUGGAGUGUAUCUGUCAUCUGAGAACUAUGAGAGCAUGGCAGCUGCGAUAUCUUCCCAAGAGGAGCAUAUCACUGAAUACACAGAGAAGAUUGCUGCAGUGGAGGAGGAACUGAAGAGCGUUACAGAGCUGUUUGAGGAUCGCAAGGAGAAGCUGGACAAGUGCACCAAUGACCUAGAGGAGAAGAACCAGAAGCUGCAAGAGACUCACAGGGACCUGCAGGAGACCAAGCAGAAGCUCACUGAGGAGGAGUUUAUAGUGUCUGAGCUGGCCACCACUGAGGAGAAACUGUACACCACUGCAGACAAGUUGCUGACAACUGUUGACGCAAGCACCAAAGACGUGUCUGGCCUGCAUGCCAAGCUGGAGAGGAAGAAAAAGGUUGAGGAGCACAACUCUGAGAUCCAGAUGAGUUUUGCAGACUGCAUGGAUGCUAUGUUCAGCCAGAUGCAGAACUCUGUAGAAGACCAGCACAGCAAGCACCAGGGCAUGCUGGACUCCUACAAAACCUCAGUUGAGGGUCUUAUCACAGUCAACGACAAAGCUUUCAAAGGAGCCAUGGCUACUGUAGCCACGUCCUUCUGCAGCAUCAAAGACCUGGUUGCUGAUGGCGUGACCAAGUGUCAGGCUAAGAUGAUGGAGCAGGAGACGCUGUGUGUGGAGGCUAAAAACAGUCUGCACCAGGUUUUGGAGGAGCAUAAGCUGGAGCUUGAGGAGGUCCUGGUGGCCCAGGUGUUGCCUGGUCUGAGUGCUAUCAUGGCCAUGAACGACAGCCUGAGGAAGACACUGGAGACCCACCAUGCCCUGGCAGCUAAGAUGGAGUCCAUGAAGGUGGAGACGGCGUCAUUCUUCAGUGGCCAUGCCCAGGACCUGGCUACCCUGAGGGAGACCGCAACAGAAGGUCUCGGCUCCCUAAAGACUGAGCACGACAACCUGAAGGAACAGAUCAGCAGAGCAGACAAGGAGCACCAAACGGGCAUGACCCAGGUGAUCCAGUGUCUGCAGAACCAGCUCAACCUCCUGGCCAUGGAGACCCAGAAUAACUACGCUGGCCUGAUGAAUGCCUCCGAUGCCCUGCAGGUCCCUGUUCAGUCCCUUCAGCAGACCCUUCAAACGAGAUGCAGUUUGUCUGAGAACCAGACCGCCACCCAAAAGGAGCGUCUAGAGUCCACCACUGCCAGCUUGAUCUCUGAAGUCCAACAGACUGCCCAGGAGGCCACGCGCACAGUGGACGAGUGCUCCGGCUACUGCAGCCACCUGCACAGCUCUCUGACCCAGCUGGGUGAGAAGAGUCUGCAGUGGUGUGCCUCUACCAAAGAUGGCAUUGACUCCCAGGCCCAGGCUCAGCUCACCCUGAUCAGAGACCAAACCGCGUCUGCUCAGACCCUGCUAACGAGAGUAGAGCAGAGCUGUGAGGAGAGGGUCCAGGAGGUGAGUGGGCAGCUGAAGCAGCAGCAGGAGAUGGUGAAGGAGGGUCUGGGGGCCAUGAAGGAGCAGACGUCACUGGACCAGAACACCCUGGAACACCACCAGACGGAACUCAAGGCCCACUUGGAGGAUGGCCUGGCCCGUGUCCACAGCUUCCUCAGCGAGGAGCUCCUACAGGAUGUCCCAACUGGUGCAACUCCUCGGAGGAGGGACUUUGUGUACCCACGUCUCCUGGCCAAGUCGAAGAGCAGAGCAGAACUGCUGGAGAACCUCCGCCACAAGCAGGAGGAGCUGCAGACGGCACUGUUCCAGUGUGACGCAGUGGAGGAGGAGAAGCAGGUUGAUCAGGACUCUCUGGAGGAUGAGGUGAGCGGCUAUGACUACGUCACUGAUCCGCCUUACAUAGACGAAAACCUCAUGUGCUACGAGAACGGGAGAGUGCCGUUCUUCAAGCAAAAGAAGGCCGGCAAGAAGGAAAAAUCAGUUAAUCAUUCCAAGAUGGUAGAUAAUGAUACUCAGGCAACGCCGGUCAGGUCAAAAUUACCACUCAGGUGUCAGAACUAGUAGAACUUGACUGACCUUUACAUUUCUUAACUAUUUUGUUAAUCUUUUACCUGGGUCGUCCCACCAAUUAGGUGCCUUUUUUGAGUUGUGUGACUUGGUGGGAACUUUAUUUCACAAUUUUACCAUUCUGUCAAAGAGCACAUUCAACUUAAUUAAAACACUUUUUCCAAUCUCAUCUUAAAUUGUGCAUGAAUCCUGUUGUGACAGGGUGAAUGUAACCUUGUGUGCAACAGUGAGUGGCAAUUGAAUGUAAUUUUCAACAUUUCUAGCCCCUCUAUGGGUUUCACGGUUGAUGUUAUGCUACAUCCGCUCCGUUUUCCACCACAAAACAUCAGACAAUGGCCAAAAAGAGUAGAACCAGCUCACCUGCUUUUACACUAUGAUUUGACCAUUAGAUGUUCAGUGUUUAUUUCGUUUUUUUUUUUGGCUGCAAUAUGGACCUGACCAAAUUCCUAUAGAAAUGUGUUAUAGAUCUGUCAUUCAAAAUGAAAGCAAGUCAAAAGUGCUAGAUCUGUUCUAUGCUACCUGUUUUGUUUUUGGGUGUUUUGAUUUUGUACACCAGCUUCAAACUGAAAAUACAAUAUUUUUGGUUAUUGAAAUAUAUUUCACAGCGGUUUAGAUGGUACAAUGAUUCGCUACACUAUACAUUGCUUGUUUUUUCGCAAACUGAAAUUAGGCGAACUAAGAAUUUUAGCAACCAGGAAAUGGCAGAUUUCUGCAUACUGCACCUUUUUUAAAGGAGUAGUUUCACCAUAUUAAAACAAGUGGUUCACGUAACAGGGUUGACCUUAAAAUUGGGGACUUUUUUUAUACCUUAAUGUAUAAGUAAUUACUUAAAUAUUCAGAAAUGACUUUCAAAGCAACAAUAAAUAGGGCUUUCUAAAGGUGGUAAACAUGAGAUGUUGGUUAAAAUUUCCUUUGCAUACUCUGACUUCUAGGGAGAUGUCAAAAUGCAGAUUAUUUGCACUUUAGCAAGUCUUUAUUCAUAAAAUCUGUGUUCUAUAUUAAAGGCACUUCAUUCUAAUAUAACAUGCUUUUAAAAUUCAGGAUUUGUGCACAAUUUCUACUUAAAAUAUCAAAGGGAUGUAAAGUUCUUUUGUGGAACGAGUCAUUUUACUAUUCAUUUUCUCUUGGUGUAAUGUUCUGCUUUUUAUUUUGUUAUAAAAAAAUUGACAAAUGAAUGAGCUAGAAAACAUUAACUUAAUGUUGUCUUGUACGUCAAACUAUUAAAUUGAUAUUUUUAGAUGUCGGCUUCCUCUGAAAUGUACAACAUAAAUGAUAAUUUAGUGGACUGUGCCACAAGUCCGUACUUAAAUGCAAUACUGGGAAUUGUCAUGAGCCUUUCUAUAAUGCAAAUGAGUAUGAGGUUCUGAUUUAUUAGGGCUCAGUUUCAUGGCCAGGAUGAACUGGUUCAAGUUAUGAUGCAAUAAUUUGGAUGAAAGGGGACUUAGUUUAUAGGAAUGAUUUCAGUUAAAUGUACAAAAAGCUCACAGUAACCAUGUUCAGUACUGACCAUAGUGUGUGUGUAUAUACAGUUACUGACUUUGAAUUUGUGAAUCCUAAACCCCGCCUCACUCCUACCAAGUCGCUCAAAUGGGUCCUCUGUUGGCACGACUUGCUAACUGGUUGAACACAGCACGUGUAUAACCAAAGGCAGUACAGUAUGAAGAAUGGCAGAAACUGUUUCUCCAAUAGAAAUCCCCGAUCACGCUUAUCGGCGAUAUCAUGGCGACUUUGGUUAGCUACGCUCAUGCGCAGAUACGUCAUUGGUUCAAACCUACGAUUUAAAGUUGUUUUGACAAAUGAAAACGUGUCAGUUUGUCACUCACUUGGUUGGCGUAAUAACAUGUUAAAUUACUUAAGACGUAUUGGCUCGAAUCUAGGUUGUGCCUUUAGAUUUCGAGAAAAUCAGCAAAUAAGGAAGAAUGUUUCACUUCUCUUUGACUAUUCUAAACCCAAACACCGGCCAGGUCUGCUUCGUAAGCAUUCCCGGAAGUCUCAAGAUGUUGCGCCUUUGGGUUUAGAAACUGGUAUAACUACACCCAGAUAGUGUGUAUGGCAUGCCAGUGCAUGCUCAUUGUUUGUGUUGGAGUUGUACCAGAAUACCACAUUGAACAAGGUGACCAUACCAACCAUGAGGAGUUCAUCAAACACGUUACAUUUACAGAGGACGUCAACUCUCGUGACGGAGGCUUACAAGGUCAGUUUGGCAGGCUCUUUGUUCUUCGCUGGGGUUUGGUUGGUAAUGUUUGUUUGGAACCCUCUUUGACAAGACUGGAAGGAAACCAGUCUUCCUAACAGGUGAGGAGAAUGAAGCUCACAACUUUACAUAUUAUGAUCAUAAUACAUAUCCUAUGAAGUAGUUGACAGGCUAAUAUGAUGUAGUCUGCUUUUCAGCCCAGCUAAUAGUAGUCACUGGUAAAAAUCUCAGAGAUAUGGUUAGGCCUCAUCAUUCAUCAUUUCAAAAACAUCAACUAUUGACUGCUAGUGCAUUGAUAAUAUGCUCUUCUACUGACUUUCUGUUUGACCCACUGUUUUGAUCCCGCUGUUUCUCUCUCUCUGCUUCUCUCUCAGCCUUUCUCUCCCAGCUCUUUUCUUCGAUGUCUUGUUUUGGUUAUGCCAGAGCCUUUGCUCCCAGCUAUGAGGCGUUUGCGUUGUCCUGCCUACUAAUGGGUCACAUGAAUGGGGGAAUGUCCCUCGUCUGUUUCGUGCUUACCCAGGAGUAUGUGGGCAAGGCCUACUGGGCCACGACAGGUACAAAUAAUCAUCAUGACACUGACAGAUGUUUGUCAGACACAGCUACAGUAACUGAGGAGGGUGGGACUAGGAUUCGACAAUGGGUCAAUUGUAGUCAAGAAGAGUCAGUGGGAACAAAGUGAAAUAAGAUGGUGGUCUGGCACUAUUGGAAAGUGUUUUGUCCCGACUAUUUCAAUUUAGUUUUUUGGUGUUUGUGUUUUUCAGGGACCUUGACUAAUAUGACCUUUGCAUUAAAGGCUUGACUGACACCUUUCCCAAUACAUUUGGCCCCAUAUGUGAGACUGCAGUUUGCUGAUGGAACAAAUGGCAAGAUGCCCUUUUCGUCACCUGUCUUUGUCUUGUUCCUGUUUUUUGGGCUGAGGCAGGAUUCUCCCGGAGUCUCCCCGCUGGCUGUAUUCCCGUGAUUACACGGAGCAGGCGGAGGAGGUUCUGUAGUACAAGGCCGUGAGGAAUGGGAACGGCAACGCCACAGCCAAAGUGAAGCUUCGCAGGUGUCCUGGCUUCGUCAAGACGUAACCAGGACAACGAUGGCCCUGGCCUCCUCGGUCUCGUCACCCACCUAGUGCUCCGCUGGAGGACCGUGGUGUCAUGUAUGUCUGGUGAGCGUACAGACCAUAACCUGAACCACUGGGAAACCACAAAGGGACUCGCUUUUUGCCAUGCCAUUACCAGCGCAUGGACAGUGUCAACAGCUCACGAUGAUGCUUUUCGGUUCAGUAUACAUUGUUUUAAAGACCUUUCACACGGAAGACGGCAAACAUGAAUGACCUUAAAUUGACGCUGUCUCUGGAUGUGCUUUCCGUAUUCCUGCAGCCUGGUGUACUAUGGGCUCAUCAUGAAUGCCUGUGAGGACGGUGGGAACCGCUACUUCAGUGUUGCCAUGUAUGAAUUGGUGGAGCUUCCGGCCUACCCUCUCUGUAUCCAUUAUUUUUAUUUAUUUUUAUUUUACCGUUAUUUUACCAGGUAAGUUGACUGAGAACACGUUCUCAUUUGCAGCAACGACCUGGGGAAUAGUUACAGGGGAGAGGAGGGGGAUGAAUGAGCCAAUUGUAAACUUCAUAAACAAGCAGUGGUAAGAUUCUCACCACCUGUCAUGAUAUCCUAUGAAUUGAAGUGUGUCAGUGGUGCACUGAAUAAAUGUCUUGUUUUGUGGUUAAAAAUAAAAAGUUUAAUUGUAAUAGUUUCACAAGACCGUUAUUCUCAUCACACCUGUGCUAGACAGUUAGAAUGUAUGCUUGUUUUUAGGGCUGGGAGAAAGAAAAAUAGCUUUCUGGGGUUAACUGGCUUGUCAUAUCUAUGCACUAUGUUUAUCCCAGUAAACGCUGGUAAGGGCAUCCCAUCUACAGUCUAUGACAGAAUAUAUUAGAUACAUUUUUAUUCAUAAUGUGUUUUUUUAAGCUUUGUUACCCUGUCUUUAUUUAGGCACUGUGUUCAAUGCUACCUCUUUAGCUUUGUUAGGAAAGCUGUUGGUCAGUGUACGUCUACACUACUGAACUGUAACCCACUGUUAUAAGGAACGCUGGUCUUGGGGUCUGCUCAAUGUCCUGCAGAGUCUGAGGGAUCCUGGCCCCUUUUGUGCCCUCUACGGUACGUCGGCAGAAUAUAAUUAAUAUGAUGAUGGACAAAGAAAUCCUCAGGAUUGUAGUUUAUCAAGUACAAGGACCACUUUGGGCUUUCUGUAAGUGUUCAAAUUGUGGUAAAUAGAAGUGUUGCCUUCUGUCAGAUUAUAUGGUAUUCACUUGAGCCCCUGAAGCUUGUGCUGCACUUGGUUUGCGGGCAGUAGAUAGCCUAGCGGUUAAGAGCGUAGGGACAGUAACCGAAAGGUCUCCGGUUCGAAUCCCCAAACCAUAUUGGGUUAGUUACGCCCUAGCCUCGGACGCCGGGCUUAUCACGUAGUUUGAAGACCUGGGGAAGUUCUCCUCAGGAGGAAGAUAAAAAGGAGUGGAGUAUGGCAGGGAUUGCCACACAAAACCAAUCACAUAUUUUGUAUUGGUGGAGCUCCGAACAGGGUUUGUGUUUCUGAAAUGUUUUCUGAUUUUCAACAGGCUAGCAACCAUAAGAUACAAAACUAAUGUUGCAAAGACUACACAAACUUUGUCUGACACGGUAGGAAAAGAGACACAGACAAAAUCGAGAGAAAAACAAAGACGAAAAAAAAGGAAAUGCCUCUUCUGAGGGGAAAUGUAAUUUCUACUCGGAGCCAAUCAAAUACAAGCGCUGAAAACAAUACUGAAGUUCUCCAGAAUUCCAAUAGACGGGACGAGAAGGAUGGUCAUGCAUGACUAGUUACGCCCUAUCCAAAUGUACAUUUACAAUGCUCUUUAAAAAGGACAAUGCUUAACAUUCUGUAUCUUGGGGGGUUGGCUUGUGUUCCCUUUUACAGACACUUUUGUUUUGAAGAGGACCAAUUGAAAACGAGCCACAAACGAAAUCAGGGACUGACUAUGAACGAGAGAACAAUCUGACGAGAGGGACUAUCGAAGCCUGUUUACAAACGAGUGCUUUCUCACAACAUAUCAGAUUUCCUCUUGUUUCCAUGGUGAAGCAAGGACAGGGCUAGCUACAUGCCGUGAUGGAUGGUGGACCAUUUUACAGGGAACAGCACAUGUUUUUAAUGUUUUCAUGUUAUUUUGUUUCUGUGUGGGGGUUGUGUGAUACGUUUUCUACUGUACAAUGAAAUGUGAAGUGCCUUCUAAAAUUGCUGUUUAGUAACAGUGAAUAUAUCAUGUCAAAUGGGAUUAUAAAGCAACAGUUAAUAAUGUGAUAUCAAAUGAAAGAGAAUUACAAUUACUGUCAAAGGUUCUCUGUUUCUAACAAUUUGAAGCCUGUAGUUUAAAUGGUUUGUUUCAAGAUGUUGGGCGAUUAGGCCUGGCUCGCAAUCAGAGUUUCAAUUCAUCCCAAAGGUGUUCGAUGGAGUUGAGGUCAGGGCUCUGUGCAGGUCAGUCAAGUUUUUCCACACCGAUCUCGACAAACCAUUUCAGUAUGGACCUUGCUUUGUGCACAGGGGGCAUUGUCAUGCUAGAGCAGGAAAGGGCCUUUCCCAAACUGUUGCCACAAAGUUGGAAGCACAGAAUCGUCUAGAAUGUGAUUGUAUGCUGUAGCUUCUGCUAUUUGCAUUGAGAAUACAGAUUAUGUAGUAAGUGUGUAUAUAUAUUUUCACACAGGCAGCCCAAUUCUGGUCUUUUGACCAAUCACAUCAGAUCUCUUUCAGAGCUGAUCUGAUUUGUCAAAAUACCAAUUAGCGGGGAAAAAGAUUGGAAUUGGGCUGCCUGUCUAAACACAGCGAAAAUGUGAAUGGUUUGUGCAGUAUUCUAGUACCCCCCCACAACCCCCCACAGGUCAUUGGUUUACGUUGUGCUCCAAGGUGAUGCCAGAGCUAUAAUUGUGAUUGUUAACAUGACAGAAAGUAGUACAGUGGUGUGUAAUACGAGUAACUGCCAAAAUAUAGGGAACACCAACAUAGUGUCUUCAUGGGCCACCAAGAGCCAGAACAUCUUCAAAACACAAGUACAAGUGUCUGGAACUCAAUUGGAGGGAUGCGACAUCGUUCUUCCAUGAGAAAUUCUAUCAUUUAGUGGUUUGUUAAUGAUGGUGGAAAACGCUGUCUCAGGCACCGCUCCAGAAUCUCCCAUAAGUGUUCAAUUGGGAUGGCGUAUGGUUUACAUUGUUUUCAUGCUCAUCUGACCACUCGCGCCCUGUGGAUGGGGUCAUUGCCAUCCUAUUGGGGCCUAGCCAUGGUAGCCAAAAUAAUGGCUUGCCCAGCAUUUAUAUACAGUACAUGACCCUAAGCAUGAGGGGAUGUUAAUUAACUCAGGAACCACACCUGUGUGGAAGCACCUGCUUUCAAUAUACUUUGUAUCUUUCAUUACUCGUGUUUCUAUUCAUUUGGAAGUUACCUAUAUAUUUAUGAGAAUGACUUGAACAUGAUCAUAAAUUACACAAGCCUGCACAGUGUUUAUGCCCUUCAAAAUUACGUGAUGAAAUUUUUCUUCUAUUAAAGCAAAAUGUGUUACACUGUAACAGGGUGUAUUGUAAUGUUAAUGGUCACUGUAAUGUAUUAUUUUUUUAUUUUAUUGAGGGGGGGCAUUGUAAUGUUUUAUAGCUAUGUAAAUGAUGUUGAAUAAAAGUGAUAUAUUGAUACCAGAGGGCGCUCUAGUAACAGUCACUGGUAUUGUCAGGGGUUUGUGUCACCAUUGACGCAGACAGGAGAGGCCCAGUUCAACCAUAUCGCCCAGAAGCUGUCUCAUCAAAGACUGAGAAGUAACCGCAUAAUGUUUUUCCCCAUCAUUUAUAAUUAUGCCUUAUGGCAGAGUUGGCCCAUACCACCGGUUCAACAAGUAGUUGGAGCGAGUUGAAGAGUUUAAACUGUAAUCAUUGUUUUCAUUAUAUACCUCUGACACUGUGCUUGCCAGCACAGAAAUCCCCUUUUGAAGUAAAUAAACAGUCUUCAAUGAAA